CGGCCCUUCUUUUGUACAAGGUUUGUUCCGUCGUUGUCGGUUGCCACUUGCGCCAACUGUCAAGGCUGCCACUCACAGCUGCCAGGUCACCUGCGUGCUUGCCUCCUGCCUGCAGCACCGCCUUGUUGUUUCAGCCCAGCAUCUCGUCGUUCCGUUAUAAAAGUAAGCCUUUGCUGGACGCUCUCAUGGCUCCUGCUCUCUUUCCUCCGACUUUUGUAUAAGUAUUACGACGCCCUCUCCCCCAUCUUUUUCUACUCUGUCCGAUUCCCACAUCCCAACUUACACUUGAUCUUUGACAAACCUCCACCUAAACCUGCGGUGAAUGUCCCUUCGCUUUACCUCUAGAUUCUUCUCAACCACCACUGCUUUCCGACAUAUUGGCAAAAUGGCUGACCGAUGCUACAUCGUUCCUCCCCAUCUGCUUGAGGCAAUCGCUGAAUCCACCCACAAUGACGAGGCGAUCCGCGAAUCCGCCAGAGCCUCGCUCGUCUCCCGCGAGCAGGUUUCGGAAUCUCGUAAGGCAGUCUUUGCUGCAUUGACUUUGCCUCAUGGAUACCGCAGAGAUGCUGCCAUUGAAUCCCGCCGUCAGAUUAUUCCCGAGGGAAUGUUGACGCACAUUGCCGAGUCUGAGUCGGUCGAUGAUGAAACCAGAGCUCGUGCCAAGCGUGACUUGCUUCAUCUCCAAACCCUAUUUUCCAAAAUCAAGACCAGCCAGGAGGGAGCAACUGACGAGACCCAGGGUCUCGCCGCUGCCAAGCCAAAGGACUCAGUUUACAGGGCUGUCUAUGACGCCAAACACGCCACUGAUGAGUCUCAACUUCCAGGAAAGAUGAUGCGUGCUGAGGGAGAGAAGGCAUCAAAGGAUAAGGCCGUCAAUGAUGCCUACGACAACGUUGGCCAUGUUUUGGCCUUUUACAAGGAGAAGUUCGACUGGAAGUCUCUUGACAACAAGAACGCUGAUGUGAUUAGCUCCGUUCACUACGGCAGACAGUAUGAAAACGCAUGUGAGUAUUGCCCUAUGUACCAAAAAAAGCCUUCUUUGCUCAUAAUUGUAGUCUGGGACCCUCAGGAGCGACAAAUGGUGUACGGUGACGGUGGCAGCUUUUUGAACAACUUCACGGGCUGCAUCGAUGUCAUUGGACACGAGAUUACACACGCCGUCACGGAGCACACAAGCCCUCUUGACUACCAAGGCCAGUCUGGCGCUCUCAAUGAGCACAUCUCCGAUGUCUUUGGUAUUAUGAUCAAGCACUACGUCUUCAACACCAAGGCUGCUGAUGCAGAUUGGCUUAUCGGUGAAGACUGCAUUUUGCCAGGAGUCAAGGGCGUUGCCCUCCGCAGCAUGAAGGCACCUGGCACCGCCUACGAUGACCCUAGAUUUGGAAAAGACCCGCAGCCCGAUAGCAUGGCUGGUUAUAAGGAAACGGCCCAGGACAAUGGUGGUGUCCAUCUCUUCUCUGGCAUCCCGAACAAGGUAUUCUACAGUGUUUCAAUUGCCUUUGGCGGCUACUCUUUCGAGAAGGCUGGCCAGAUUUGGUGGAAGACCAUGAACGGCGGCAAGAUUUCUCCUCGCUGCAACUUUUUGCAGUUUGCCGAUGUGACUGUUGAGACUGCCCAAGAGCUCUACGGCGAAGAUGCAGCCAAGACUGUCCGCAAGGCUUGGAAUGAUGUUGGUGUGACUCGCGGUGUCUAGGGGAGAAGCCCAGUAGAUGGGCCUUGCCACCCCUCUUAAGCAAUGAUUGAUUGUUAUUGUUGCCAUUCAGGCUGUAGUGUUAUUAGUAUGGUUAUUUUACACCACCAGUAUGAGUUUAGUCGUUUGCUUUACUCACGUAUCAUAAUAUAUGAUGAGAUUCUUUGUUCUG